UAAAAUACAGCUUUAAGAGCAAUAAAUUAAUACUGUCGGGGUUUUAAACGAAACUCUAAUUAAAGUGUACUUCAUUUGUGGAACACGAUAUUUGAUUUAGAAGCGUGGAAUUCUAUUAUCGAAAAUAUUAAAUUUAAUGGAAGCUGGCAAGUUUAAGUCGAUUAUUAUUGAAUUAAAAAAAAAGAGAGGAAAAAUAAUCCAAGUACCAACGAAGCUCUUUUCUUGCAAGAGGAAAAAAAAAAUUUUUUCUCAAAACAAUUAUAAAUUGUUGAAAAAGAAGAGAAAAAUUCUUAACAAAUGGAUACGGUACCAAUUUUAAAUUCAAUGGUCCUAUUCUCACGUGAGACGAAAUAAAAAAGAAAAAAAAAAGAAGGAAAAGAAAUUUAAACAUAUCAAAAAAGAAGAAUCAAAAAUCAAAUGCAACCUAUCAAUAAACAAUUAUCAAUUUUUCAAAAUCGAAAAAAUCUCAAAUUCCCUAGUGAUUAAUAAUUUAUACCAUCUUAUAGGAUAAUUUCCCGGAGAUUUUUAUUUCAAAAAAAAAAAAAAAUUUUUUUUCUAUCGAUUUUCAAAGUGAGUGUUUUUAUAUUUUAAAAGGGGGUGAAAAAAAAGAAAAGUGUUAAUUUUUUAUUAUUAAUAAAGACGAGUGUUAAAUAGAGUUCGGAGAAUAGUUUUAAAAAAUUCGAAAAGUAGUUUUAAAAAAUUCAGAAAAUAGUUUUAAAAAAGUUAGUUUUUUUAUUCGGAGAAUAAUUUUUUUAAAAUUCGGAAAAUAGAUUUAAAAAGGAAAAAAAAAAUUCAAGUGUCAUCAGAAGUCUUCCAUUAGAUAAUGGCAGAGGAAACACCACGAAGAAAAACAAGAUCGGCUUCAAUUUGCGCUCCUGGUUUUUCAAGUAUUGAUAAAAUGGUUGAUUCAAUGCCGCCUUCGGGUGCUAAAGAAAAGGAUAGGGAAAGGGAUAGCGGAAGUGGUACACCGGAAGGUAGUACACCAACAAGAAGACGACGACCUGCCACAAGGUCUCAAAGUGCACGAGUCACCGGUGGCGGUAAAAGUAUUCGCCGAAGAGCUGCCGCUCAAGCUGCAGCUCAACAUCAUCAUCAUGAACCAACAAUGAAAUCAGCACAUUGUAGCAGUGAACCGAGACUAAAUGAAAAUGACGUUAGUCCUGGUUUUCGAAGGCGGGGCAGUAGACGGGGUCAAAGUAUGCAUCACACUCAUCACAGAAAGAGCAAUGCAUUUCUUGACGUGCCCGAUGUUUCGGUUCAAAUACCACCCCGCGAAGAGGGCGAGGACGAGGACAGUUACAGACUUCGAAGUUUUAGUCUCACCAGUAAAGGUGUAAUAAACAGAGGUGACUCAUUCAGGAGGCGAAGGUCGAGGUCAAAUUCCUUGGCACCUGCCGAUCAAGAAACGGAAGAAAAACCAGUCGCACCUCCCAAGGAGGUUAUUUCCUACACUGUUGCGAUAUUAGGAGCCCGGGGUGUUGGUAAAACAGCCCUCAUUAGUCAAUUCAUGACGAGCGAAUGCAUCAAUGCCUACGAUCGACAGAGAGAUAUGCCCUGUGAGCAGUCAGUUUUUGUGAUGCUGAAUGGAGAGGAGAGUGAAUUGAAAUUUUUAAAUAUUACCAAUCCAAAGAGCGAAUUGGAAAAAAUCGCCAAACCCGAUGCAUUUAUAAUAAUGUAUUCGGUGAUAGACAAAGCGUCAUUUCAAAGGGCUCAAGAACAUUUGGCACGUUUACACGAUCAGGAUCUGUUGCGAGGCAGACCAGCGAUCUUAGUCGGCAACAAAGUUGAUUUGGUACGGUCCAAAGUUGUUUCACCCGAAGAUGGAAAAUGUGUGGCGUGUACAUAUCGAACAAAAUUCAUUGAAAUAUCAGUCGGAAUAAAUCACAAUGUCGACGAUCUAUUGGUGGGAAUUUUAAGUCAAAUACGAUUAAACAUUGUCCAGGGACAUUUGGAUAAUAGAACAGUUAAUGGAGAAAGCAGUGGACGAUGGUACAAAUCACGUGGCGUUGUGAGAGCAAGUAUGAAGGCAAGACAAAUGCUCACGUGGCUUUUUGGCAAGGAGGACAGUAAAUUUAAAAAUUGCGAAAAUCUCCACGUUCUUUAAAUUCAAUUGCAAAAAAACGAUUACAAGAAAAAUAUUUACAAAAAAAGAAAAAUAAUUACCAAAAAAAAAAAAAUAGUUACAAAAAACAAAUAAUAUUACCAAAAAAAUAGUUAAAAAAACAAAUAAUUAUUAAAAAAUAGUUACAAAAAGAUAAUCACAAAAUAAAUUUACAAAAAAAAAUUAUACAAAAGGAAACGCGAAAGUUUUGAAAGUUCAA